UACACAGUCGUCAAUACCGGCGCAAGAUGGCGGCCGUUUGACGUCCGGAGGCGUUAUUCCCGCGACAGCACCAUCGAAGAAGAAAAGGUGGCCGCGGCUAGCAUAGCUACCCAGACUUAACAGGGGCAAAGCGCGAGGUCGAACUUCAACAUCAACAUGUUGAAAAAGUUAGUAAGAGACAGACUCAUCGCGGUCGCCGACGAAAUCUUCGGACUGUUUGCAGGAACGAUAACAUCGUACGAGGAGCAACUUUGUCGAGCGAGAGAGGAGACCGAGCGACACCGACGACAACUGGAAACAGUUUGCAAGACUCAAAUUAUCAUACGCGUCGAAGACGUUUUUCUUCCAAGAGCCCUGAAAUCAGGUCAUUCGAAUUUCUCAAGCUUAUCUUCGUCACUAGUGAAGAUCUCCGCCUACCUCUCCCGAGCCAGGGCUGUCAACGUAACAAGCACGUGUGCUCUCACAAGUGGGUCAUCAACACGGAGGCAACCUAUCAGAGGAAAGGGCAUGGUCGAGCCCAGCUAUGGACAAAGCGGAUACAAAACUGGGUCAAACAGAAGUAGCUGUCAUAGGGGCCUUUUCUGGACACUCGUAUGACAAAACCAAGACCUCCAGCAGCAGUCGGGGGGCUCCAGUUUGGAGCAGGAGCAUCCACAACCCCUCCACCUUAAAGAGGAAGAGGAGCAUCCACAACCCCUCUACAUUAAAGAGGAUGUGAAGGAUCCACAGCGCCUCCAUGUUAAGGAGGAAGAGGAGGAGGACGACGUCAGAGAGUUUCCACAGACCCGUGUUUCUGUGGAAAGUAAAGACAACAAAGAUGAUUCACUUGAGCUGUCAAAACUUCAUCAUCACAGUCCAAGUGGAGAUCAAUGUGAAGGACCACCACCACCAAAAAAUCUUUUAGCGCCACUGUCUGACAGUAACCACACUGAAGAACCUUUGAGGAGUAGCGAAGACUGUGAAGGUGACGUCAAACAAUCGCAACGCUCUGAAAAGGAGACAAUUCCUGGCCGGAAGGAAACUUCACAGGCAUGUGAACGUUUUACCUGCUCAGUUUGUGGUAAAAGUUUUGUUAGCAAUUCAGUAUUGAUUGUCCACGUAAGAAGACACACGGGAGAAAAACCCUUUGGUUGCUCAGUUUGCGGUAAAAGAUUCAUUCAAAGGGCAAGCUUUGUAUUACAUAUGAGAACGCACACUGGAGAAAAACCCUUUCGUUGUUCCGUUUGUCAUAAAACCUUUUCUCGCAAGGAUCAUAUGGGAACACACAUGAGAACACACACGGGAGAAAAACCCUUUAGUUGUUCUGUUUGUGGUGUAAGGUUUCGUCAUAAGUCGAGUUUGAAUGUGCACAUGCGCCUACACAGCACAGAGAGAAUAAAAUAAGUUACAGUAUUCCAUUUUUGAAAUGUAUUCUUCUGAAGAGCUACAAAUGUUUUGUUUUUCUGUGCAGUACACAACGUCAUUUUUGUCUUCAACGUACGUCACAGCAGAUUGAUCAUCAUCGCCCUUUCCCAAUUUUGGUAUCUUCACUAGUAAUGAUUUACUCGUAUUUGCUGCUGUGUGUGCUUAAGAGUGUCAUUGUCCAAAUAAUUACGGACCUCGGAGUGUGUUCUCAAAAUGUGAACAUCAACUUUACAUGAUGCAUACGCAGUAUAUAAUUUAGGUAUGUACCAUCGUGUUUUAUGUCCGCUUUAUUCUUUGCUCUGACAAUUACGAUUCUGACCCUUUGCAUCUUUUUUUUUUUUGGCUGUCGUCAAUACCGCCGCAAGAUGGCGGCCGUUUGACGUCCAGUUGCGUUUCUGCUGUGAAAGCACCAUCGAAGAAGAAAAGGCCCAGGUUAGCAUAGCUACCCCACGCUCCAACGACGAUAAAGAGCGCGGUUGAAAGUCCGUGCUCGUUGAACUGUCUACAACAGCAACAUGUUGAAAAAGUUGGUAAGGGAGCGACUCAUUGCGGCCGCCGACGAAAUCUUUGGCCUGUUUGCAAGAACGAUCGCGUCGUACGAGGAGCAACUUUGCCGAGCGAGAGAGGAGACCGAGCGACACCGACGACAACUGAAAGCUGUUUACAACACUCACAGUGUUCUCCACGUCGAAGUUUCUCUGCCGUCUGCCCUGAAGUGUGUUGCGUUGCGAGGCAGCAGCAAACCGGACGGGACCUGCCGCCCCGCGGCCUCUUGCCAGUCCAACAACGGUUAGAGAAGCCGCCGAAGGUGCGGCACAGCAGCAUUAGGCUCGUCAGCCUCACAACUGCCGGCCUUACGUUGCGGGGCGAGGAGGAAGAGGGGAACAAAAAUCCUCCAAGGCGACUGGUGCGUGUCGUGCGGCUGUGGUCUCUCAUGGCGCUCCCUUUGGCGGCUACAGAAGAGCGUUGUUCCGCUGAAUUUCAAGAGCCAUGAAAGAAGGCACAUAUUUGAUUGACAGCUGGAAGUUCUGGGGAGGCGGGGUUUUCAGAGGAUUCAGCGACAUGCCUACAGCUUCCACAAGAUUAAAGAAUGUCUCAAUUCUUGACCAUUUGCAAGCCUGGUUUCACAUACUUUGCGGUUUUUAUCUAUAUUAUUAUUAUUUUAACUUCAUUCAUUCAUUUCCGGCUUGUUAACAGGACUCCUUUUUUUGUGAUGUGUCAAACUUUAAGUGAAUUAUGCCAGUAUAACAAUAUGCACAGUUUGAACAUUUAAUUUGGUGAUUGUUUUGCAUACCACUAGGGAGAGCCUGCGUACCACUAGUGGUACUCCUAUCACACUUUGAAAACCACUGGUAGUUGAUCUAACUAAAACUAAGUUGGUUUGUGUUUCCCUUUGUUUCAAUGAAAAGCAAUACAAGUAAAUUUAAGAGUUUUUUUUAUUUAUUUAAUUAACUAUCUCACUAUUUGCAAAACAUUAACAACCUCAGAUAUCUUUUUGUUUUAACUACAUCGAUUUUUAGUUUCCAGAACAAAUCACAAUGAAAUAUACAUAUUUCAACCCUGUUGCGUUUAAUGAUGGAGCUUUUUAAUAUUCCAAUCAAUAAAUCUGAUUGAAUCUACGUUUGAAGUAUUAGUCAUUGCCAGCACUUGGUGGGUUUUAGCUUGUCGUCAGUUCACGCAAAUGUUUUCUGUACGACUCGCUUCACAUUCCCUGUCAUUGUUGCGAUAUUAGGAAUCCCACGUGCGUUCUAGGCAGGACACGCCCUGCUCCAAUAUUACUGGCUCCAUCACGCGUGCUGCUGCACUAUGAUUGGCUGCCGUAUCCCGUUAGAAUAAGCCCAUCUGCUUCCAGAUGGGAAAAGAAGACUGUGACCUAUGUUUGGUGGCAUUAAUAUGAAUCCCACUAAUCCUAACCUCAACCCAUUCUAAACCGCCUUUACUUCAAACCUAGCCCUAAAAAUGAACCAUAACAAACUUCUUUGUUUUUGUUUUGUACAAAUGCGAUACAUAUUUGGAACGGUCGUUUCGUUACAUCUGCGAAGCCUGGCCUUCCUGCGAAGCAUGAGCCAAUCAUGUCGUAGUGGGUUCCCUCAUGUUGUAUGUUUACCACUUCUUAUUCUCUAUUUUGGGGGACUUCCUAUGGCAGCGUUACAGCGCCAUCUCAAGCCUGGCUUAUAUACAACAGCUUUUCACUGUCUUCGUGUGGACGUAGACACUUAAUAUGUUUAAGGGAAACUAAAACAACUAUUAAGAAAAAGAUUGACAUCAUUUCCAUGGAGAUGGGGCCUGAAGUUCCAUUACUCAAUAACAUAUGGUAGAAUCACAAUAUAAUUGAUGUGUGUGAACAAAUAUUGUUUUUGUGUUGCUCGUGUCCUGCAGCUGUCCAGCAGCACAGAGGGAGCUCCAGUUUGGGGCAGGAGGAUAAACAGGCCCCUCACCAUGAAGAGGAAGUGGCACAUCCACAGCAAACCCAGGUUAAAAAGGAAGAGGAGGAGACUGACAUCAGCAAGUUUCCAGCCUUUGUGGAGAGUGAAGACGACAAAGACAAACCACGUGCGUGGUCAGAGCUUCAUUAUCACAGUCCAAGUGGAGACCACUGUGGAGGACCACCGCCAGACAACCUCUUAGCGCCACUGUCAGACAGUGACGACAUGGAAGGACCUCUGAAGAGUGAUGCAGACUGUGAAGGUGACGACAAACUGUUGACAUUUUUUAAAAACGAGGCAACGCUUGUCAACAAGGACAAUUCACAAACACGUAAAAAACUUUCAAUCUGCUCAGUUUGUGGUAAACAUUUUGCUAGCAAUUCAGUAUUGAUUAUACAUAUGAGAAAACACACGGGAGAAAGACCCUUUGUUUGCUCAGUUUGUGGUAAAGCAUUCAUUCAAAAGUCACAUCUUGCAUCACACAUGAUAACACACACAGGAGAAAAGCCCUUUAGUUGUCCAAUUUGUGGUAUAAGGUUUAGUUAUAAGUGCAAUUGGAAUACACACAUGCGCAAACACAAAACAGAAUAAAAGAAAGUUUUACGGUACUCCUAUGGAGUGCAGUAUGUGCCACCAGAAACUGAAUUUGAAUAAUUUAUAUUUGAAUUUCAAUUGCUUUACUUGAAUAAUUACAUUUAAAAAAAAAAAAAAAAAAAAACUGAAUUUGAAUUACAUCAUUUGAAGUACAUGGCAAACAUUUGGCGCAACAAUGAAGGGUUUUCAGCCACUCGCAUGGUGGGUGAGGAAGUGGAGCGGGGGGAAUUAUCCGGCUGUGGCCGCCGAAGGCUGCGACUCGCAACGCCGCGGUGAGUCCCUCCGUCGAUUAACGGCCCGCUGAAUUUCAACGGAAACAAAGGGGCAGAAUGAGUGUGCGGCCCAUGAAAGGGCUAUGUGCAUCCCCGCAGAUAGGAGCCGUGAUCGAAGUAUUCCAUUGACAGCUGGAGGCGGGAUUUUCAGACCAUCCAGUCACACGUCCACAACGUUGGACGAAUGUCUCCAUUCUCAAAGUAUUGGAACGGCAAGGACAAUUCCUUUGUUUUUGUUGUGUACUGAAGACAUUUGGGUUUCAGAUCAAAAGAUGAAUAUGAGACAAAAAGUUCAGAAUUCCAGCUUUUAUUUCAUGGUAUUUGCCAUCUAGAUAUGUUAAACAACUCAGGACCGAGCACCUUUUGUUUGAACCCACCCACUUUUCAAGUGAGCAAAUGUAUUGGAACAGACUUUAUUAAAUUAACUUAAUGUGAAUAACAUUUCAUAUUUGAUGGCAUAACACUUAAUUGCUGCAAUAGCUGCAUCAAGCCUGCGACCCACUGACUUGACCAGACUGAUCUGAAGCCCAAAUGUCUUCAGUACACAACAAAAACAAAGGAAUUGACCUUGCCGUUCCAAUACUUUUGGAGGGGACUGUACUUUGCAAUUUAAAAUAAAAACAUUUAAAUCAAUUAUCCAUUCAUUCAUUGUCUGGCUUUUUAAUAUCACUCUUUUCUGUGGUGUGUCGAAUUUACAGGACAUUUUUUAGGCCUGUUUUGUGGCACUUUAAUAGUAGAAUUUGAAAUGUAUUUGAUUAGUUUGGAACUGAAGUCCAAUAAACUUGAAACUGAAUGUAAGAUUCUAAAAUGUAUUUGUUUCUCUGAAAGUUUUGAUCCUCACUGGAAAUUCAACUCGAUUUAUUUUCACUUUCAGUUCUCUCAAUUCAUAUUCAGUCUAUCUACAAAUUCAGUUUCAAAUUCGCUGUGACAGACAUCGGGGUAUUUUAGAAAUAGCAAUCGUUCGCAUAUACAGAUCUCCUCUUCGGCCAAUCAGCAUCCCGGAAAGUCAAAUCUAACCAGAUCCUAACCUUUCUACCAUCUUUCCUUAACCUUUGUGGAAUACAUCAUCGGGUCCAGAAGACGUGAAAAGUUGCUUCCUUUCCAACAUAGGAAAAGACAGUAUUAUUUUUUUUUUUUUUAUGUCAAUAUCAGACUAACAUCUUACAUUGUUUCAAAUUUAUUGGACUUCAGUUCACAAACUAAUACAUUCAAUUUCAAAUUAAAUACAAAGUCUAAUUAUGCAUUUCAAAUUCAUUCUUUAAAUGCAAUUUAUUCAAGUUAAGCAAUUCAAAUUGAAAUAUAAAUGAUUCAAAUUCAUUUUCUGGUGGCGCAUACACAUUUCAGCCCAUACAGUCCACUUAAAAAAAUAAAAAAUCUGAAGAGCUCUAAAUGUUGUUUUUCUGUUCAGUAUGCUACAAAUCCCUGUUUUCAUCAGCACAGUAGAUUCAUCCUCAUCAUCGUUUAAUCAUUCAAUGCAGUUUGUAUUGUUGGUUAGGGCAUCACCGAGAAAGUGAUGAGCAUCUGUAGUGUGUAAAAUUGUCAUUGUCCAAAUACUUCUGGACCAAACAGUAUGAACAUCACGUGUAUAGGGUACAACAACAGUACAAAACAUGUAUGUAGCUCAGUAAGUCAUUUUAUAAUGUACAUUUUAUUUUUUUAUAUAAAGAUGAUUUGGAUUCUGACCCCUUUGUGACAAGUUUUCUCGUGUGCUCAACUCAAGCCGCCAGUACUGCUGAAAGGUGGCGGCCGUUUGACGUACUGGAUGCGUUGCCACCAUAAAUGCACCAGCGAAGAUGAAAACGCUGAAUUGCAGGAGUGCUGAGUACCGAAGAAGAAAAAGGCGGAAGUUCGCUGAAAAAGCGACAGGACGACAAGCUGAACUGGAGUGAAGGGAGUGUGGGGAUAAACAUUAAAAAUGUUAAAAGACUUGGUGAGGGAGCGACUCGUUGCGGCCGCCGACGAAAUCUACGUGCUUUUUCAAACAACGAUAGCCUCGUACGAGGAGCAACUUUGUCGAGCGAGAGAAGAGAACGAGCGACAACGACGCCAGCUGGAAGCUUCCCAGACGGUGCAAUUUCACAUCCAAGAUGACCCGCAGCUGAUUGGUUGUCAAGUACAACAGCUUCCUCAGUGGGGCAUCUCCAGUGUAAUGCAUCUGCAGCCCUCUUACGUCAAAGAGGAAGAGGCGCGACCGCAGCCCCCACACGUUAAGGAGGAAGAAGAAGAUGCCGACGUCAGCCAGUUGCCGCCGGCUUUCGUUUCUGUGAAAAGCAACAAAGACGAGCCACCCUGGUCGAGUCAGAGUCGUGUCGACGAGACAGACGAUCACGUGGAAAAACCAUCGACGACACACUCAGACUGUGAAGGUGACAACACGCAUACCAGCGUCCAUCCCUUUUCUUGCUCCGUUUGCGGCCAAAUCUUCUCGUCUCAGAGUAGUUUGGAUGUCCAUGCAACGACCCACAUAGGGGCAAAACCCUUUUGCUGUUCCGUAUGCGGUAAAAGCUUCUCCAAAAAGUCCAACAUGGUGUCGCACGUGAGGAUCCACACGGGGGAGAAACCCUUCGGUUGCUCGGUAUGCGGCAAAGGUUUUGCCCAGAAAAUCUCCUUGGUAGCGCACGAGAGGACGCACACAGGGGAGAAGCCCUUCACCUGCUCCGUUUGUGGGAAGUCCUUCUUCCACAAGCCCAACAUGGUGGCGCACAGGAAGACGCACACGAUGGAAAAACCCUACGGCUGCUCGGUGUGCGGCGCCACCUUCUUCCGCAAGGAGAGCAUGGCUUCGCACGCCCGGACGCACACGGGCGAGAAGCCGUUCACCUGCUCCGUGUGCGGGAAGACCUUUUCGCACAAGCCCAACAUGGUGGCACACAGGAAGACGCACACAGGGGAGAAACCCUUCGCUUGUGGCAUUUGCACCAAGACGUUCACGCACAAGGCCAAUAUGGUGCUGCACAUGAGGACGCACAGCGGGGAGAAGCCCUUCGCUUGCUCCGUGUGCGCGAAAAGGUUCACACAAAAGGCUCACAUGGAGUCGCACCUGAGGACGCACGUAGGGCAAAAGACGUUCUCGUGUUCGCUGUGUGGCGAAAGGUUUGUUCAUCCCAGCAGUUUGAACGCACACAUGCGGGCGCACAGCGGGGAAUAAAGCUCCUCUUGAUCCCUUUGUGCCAUCAACUGUAAAUGACAACAAAGUACUGUUUUUUUGUUUUGUUUUUUUUAGACAAUAACGAGUGAAAAUGGUUAUAGUGAAACAUGCUGGAAGGCAUUUUCUUGAGCAAAGAUACAUAAAAUCAACUUGUUAGGGAAAUAUGGACCAUAAAGACCCAAACUUCCUUUGAUGCUGAAUAGCAUCCAUGUUGUAAUGCUAUAUCCCUUUAAGCAAUGGAUUGAACAUAAAUGGUGCAGCAACACAGCAAUGGGUUGAACACAAAUGGUGCAGCAACACACAUAGACAGACAAUGUAGCAGUAUUCAGUCACACUUUCUUUAUCCCCUGACAAGGACAGCUAAUAUUAGUGCCAUACUGAAGAGCCGGGAGGUGUUGAGACAUCAUAACGAACAGUAUAUCCGUCUGUCUGCCAAGAUGGCCACACCAGAAACCGUAGUAACAAUGGCCAUUCAAUUGAUGCAGUGUGACAAAAAAAAAAAUCAUUUUUUUAAAUUAUAUUGAAUAAUGUCAUUACUGUAUGUUGUAUAAAGUACAAUAUGCAGUGCUGUUUUUUCUAAUUAAAAUACACAUUACAACAAUUUUUUGGGGUGCGGGGGCUGGAACGGAUUAAUAGCAUUUCCAUUUAGUUGGAAAACAUGAUUUGAGAUGCGAUUGUAUUCAGUUACGAGUGUAGUCAUGGAAUGAAUUAAACUCAUCUCAAGACGCCACGCUCAUGGCUUAAAGUUUAAGCGGAUAUAUUUUUGCGGCUCAUCGACUUCAUCAAAAAUGUAAUAUUUUCCCCCUCGAAAAUAGAGACUUUUCCUUAAAAAACAAAAAUUUUUGAAAAUACUUUCCCCCACAAAUGAAACUUUUCCCCCCAUUAAAAUGUACAACUUUUUUUUAAAUCGAUUUUUUUCCCCACAAGAUUUCAACUUUAAUUUCUUAGUUUUUUUUUAUUAUUAUUUUUUAGUGUGCCCUAAUAUUAUUUUGCAUGUUUGUGACAACGCCAUAAAAAUGAGCUCAUUCACUUUAUUUUGGAUCUGUGUUUGAUUGUGAAAUGACUUCCAAAUGCUCUUGUUGAAUGAAUAUCUGUAAAUAUCUCAAAUGCAUUUUGCCACUUGAAGAAAAUAAAAUGUCCCCCAAAGAAA